AUGUCACUCGAUCGCUCGCCUUCGCCAAGGCGCGACGGGGGAUGGGCUUCGCCGGGCUUGACCACUCCAUACGAAGAGACCAAUGGAGGCAGAUUACGAGCGGUGAGUCCGAUGAAUGGCGGGCACAGCGUGACUUGGGCGAGCGCAAAGGCGAACAGCGACAAGGUCAAGGGCGGCUAUCCUCGAUACCAGAGUCAGAACCAGGGGUGGUUCAACAGAGUACGAAGAAUGUCAGUGAGCUUACCCAUGUUCACGCAUGGUGCGCGAGGCGAUCGCUACGCGGAGAAGGAGAAGCUGGGCCGAGGGAGGUCGCGCGAUGGGCCGGGCAUGAUCUGGAGGGAUAUCCCGAGAAGAGCAGCCCUACUACUGUCUAGAAGACGGAAGUAUCUUGCGCUGCUCGGAUUGCUGCUCCUCGCGGCAAUGUGGUUGUGGAGCGAUGGUGAGUAUCGGACGCAGGUGCCGUUCGAAUCUGGCUGAUCAAAUGAAACAGCAAUUACAUUCUGGUACAGGAGAACGUCGUGGUUAGGUGGAGGCUCCAAGUUCGUCAUCAUACUCGGCGCAAAUCAGGGAGGUGGUGUCAUGGAGUGGAAAGGCGCCAGAGAGUGGGCCAUCGAAAGAGACAGUGUCAAGAACAAGAAGCGGUAUGCAGCCAAAUGGGGAUAUGAGCUGAACAUUGUCGACAUGAGCACAAAGAAGCGGUAUGCUCACGAGUGGAGAGAGAGCUGGGAGAAGGUGGACAUCAUCCGAAAUUCCAUGAAAAAGUACCCUCAUGCGGAAUGGUAUGGUCCAAGUGCUGAAACAGGUGAUUACAUGCUGAUUCUGAAUACAGGUUCUGGUGGCUUGAUCUGACUACCUUCAUCAUGGAGCCGUCUUACUCGCUACAAUCACACAUCUUCAAUGACUUGGGAUCGAGUACAUAUCGGGAUAUCAACGUCUACAAUCCCCUCAAAAUCCAGCAUCCGCCCAACGGUACAUCUGGCGACCCAAAUGCGCCUAAAUUUGCAAACUACCUCGAUCCCGAGUCAACUUCUCCGGUCGGAGAUGGGAAGCCGGAGAGCAUCAACCUCAUUGUUCCGCAAGAUUGCGGAGGUUUCAAUCUUGGUUCCUUCUUCGUCCGCCGCAGCGCCUGGACGGACAGGGUGCUUGACAUCUGGUGGGAUCCGGUGUUCUACGAACAGAGGCAUAUGGAAUGGGAGCAUAAGGAGCAGGAUGCGCUGGAGUAUGUCUACAUCAACCAACCCUGGAUACGGCCACACGUUGCGUUUGUUCCCCAAAGAAAAGCCAAUGCGUUUCCCCACGGUGCAUGCGGUGACGAUCGGGGCCUUCCCGAGGGAGGCUGCAAGGCACUGAAGAUCGGAGAUGAUAUGCAGGAAUGCGGAGUGCAAGGCAUCCAUUACCAAGAAAAGGAGCGUGAUUUCUUGGUCAACAUGGCAGGAUGCGAAUGGGGUAGAGAUUGCUGGGGAGAGAUGUACAAUUUCCGCCAGCUGUCGAAUAAGCUGAAUCGAGGGCGAUGGGAGAAGUUCAAAGAUGGCAUCAGCGAGUGGUGGACGCAGAAGGAGAAGAAGGAAAAGGCAAAGAAGGAUCAAGAAGCUCUGGAGGCGCAGCAGAAGGAAAAAGCCGAGAAAGAGCAGCAGCAGCAGCAGCAGCAGCAGGGCAAUGGAUCAUAA